UUUCCUUCAAAAUCACAUAUCAAGCCAGCUUAACUUCAAUUUUGAGUCAAAAAUUCAACAAUAUGGAUGCUAUUCUUAUUACUUUUUCUUUAAAUUAUAAUUUUAAUUUUCACAAGCAGUUGAACAAAUCUAAAAACCAUGAAAGUAAAAAGUAAAAUCUUCUUGUUUGAUUAAGGAAAGGGACUCGCAUUAAUUAUUUGUCUUGCAAAUUUCGAUACUUCGUUCUGUAUUCCAUGCCAUUUUCUCCCACUAAUUGGUGAUGAUAGUUUCAGAAGUGGUCACACUUACGACCAUUAAUAUGUUUGUUUCUUUUUUGGUCAAUGACUUGUAUAUAUGCAGAUAUCGACGAAUGUAAGACAUCAACUCAUAACUGCACAGCAACCGAGAAGCGUGUUAACAAACAGGGGGGUUUUAAAUGUGAGCCAAAAGAUCAACUACUUGUGAUUAAAAUAACUGUUGGUGUUGCCGCUGGCCUUGUUGCCUCAGUCAUAUGCAGCUCUUGGCUGUACUUGGUCUUCAAGAAGAGAAAGCUAAUCAAGCUUAAAGAAAAGUUCUUUCGGCAGAAUGGUGGAAUUAUAUUGCAACAAAAACUCUCCCAACAACAACAUCAAUAUUCCAACGAGACUGCCAAGAUCUUUAGCGAACAGGAGUUGAUAAAGGCUACCCUUAACUAUGACACAAGUAUGAUUAUUGGACGAGGAGGUUUCGGUACAGUGUACAAAGGAUUUUUCGCAGACAAGAAGAUUGUUGCCAUCAAGAAGUCCAAGAAUGUGGACCAAUGCCAAAUUGAGCAAUUUAUCAAUGAGGUGAUUGUGCUGUCCCAGAUUAACCAUAGAAAUGUUGUUAAACUGUUGGGUUGUUGUUUAGAGACACAAGUUCCUCUACUUUUAUACGAAUUCGUCCCGAAUGGCACUCUGUUUGAGCACAUACAUGAUGCUAACAGGGCAUCCAAUUUGCCUUGGAAAGUUUGUCUAGGAAUAGCAGCAGAAACAGCUGGAGCAUUGUCAUAUCUGCAUUCUGCAGCUUCAAUGCCAAUCAUACAUAGAGAUGUCAAGUCCUCCAACAUACUUCUUGAUAAUCAUACUGCAAAAUUUUCAGACUUUGGAGCUUCAAGGUUGGUUCCUCUUGAUCAAAUUGAAGUUGCAACAAUGGUGCAAGGAACUCUUGGAUACUUAGAUCCUGAAUACUUGCACACAUCAACUGAAUACUUGUACACACAUCAACUAAUGGAGAAAAGCGAUGUGUAUAGCUUUGGAGUUGUACUGGUGGAGUUACUUACAGGAAGGAAGGUUUUGAUGUUCGAUAAGCCGGAGGAGGAGAGAAAUCUAGCUCAGUAUUUCCAUUAUUCCUUGAAAGAAGGUUGGCUUUUUGAAGUCAUUGAGAGUAAUAUAAACAAGGAAGAGAACAAGGAGCAAAUUAAGGAAGUGGCAGAGCUAGCAAAAAGUUGCAGGAAUUUAAGAGGGGAUGAUAGUAUUAACUCAAUACAGAAAAACCAUUUACACCAUCAAGAAAGACAGAAACACACAGAAAACACACACAGAUUUUUACGAGGUUCGAUCUAGAAAAGAUCUACAUCCUUGGUGAACUCCAUCCAAGAAGUUCUUGCACUAUGAACAAUGAACAAUGAUCAAUACAGCAACUUCUCUUUCUCUAUGAUGGUUAUCUAUACCCUGUAAACCACCCAUGAAACCCCUUUUUACAACCACUCACCCAGAAUGGCCUAAUCGGUCUAGAGAAAGAGAUGAUAAACUCAGAGAACAAAGAAGUUUACAACCAGAAAAGAAAGAAGAACAAGAAGCUGAAAAUUGCUUUUGAUCGAGAGCUUAAUUGAAUGAAUAAAUUGGUUCUGUUUCUGCAGUUUCAUAUCCAAAAUAGAAAACUAACUUGCUGACUCAUCAUAACCACCUUUUUAAGUGCAACGACACCGUUUCACAACUAAAGCCAUAAGAAAUGUUGACUUUUGACCUCCUCUCAAUUGAAUCACAACUAACAUACUCCACCUUGAUUCAAGUGAGAGGGAAAAUUGUGCAAGACUCCUUGGACUUCUCAGUUCACUAAUUUUAACCUCUCGCCAGGUUCAACUCUUAACAAACUUUUGCAAGUUUCAAGUUUGCUAACUGGAAGCACUUUAGUUCGCAUAUCUGCUGGAUUAUAUGCUGUUGCAAUCUUCUCCAAGCCAAUAACUACUUCAUUCACAACAUCCCUUGUGAAAUGAUACUUCACCUCAACAUGCUUUGUUUGAUCAUGAUAAACUGGAUUUUUACACAAAUGAAUUGAGCUUUGACUAUCUGAAUAUACAAUAACUUCUCCUUCUAAAAGCUUUAACUCUUGCAGCAAACCCAUUAACCAUAAAGCCUCUUUCAUAGCUUCUACAGUAGCAAUAUAUUCAGCUUCAGUUGAUGAUAAAGCCACUCUUGACUAUAGCCUAGACUUCCAGCUGAUACAAUUAUUGCAAAGUAUAAAUACAUAAGAACGGGUUGACCUUCUUCUAUCUCUAUCACCUGCAUAAUCAGAGUCUACAUAUCCUUUGAGAACCACACCUUCUUUGCAGUGACUAAAUAUUAAGCCAACAUCACAAGUCCCCUUAAGGUAUUUCAAAAGCCAUUGAAGAGCCUCCCAAUGUUUUCUUCCAGGAUUUGCCAUAUAUCUACUAAGAACACUAAUUGCAUGAGCUAGAUCAGGCCUUGUAUAGAUCAUGACAUACAUGACAGACCCUAUUGCACUUGCAUAAGGCACAUUAUUCAUGUCUUUCUCUUCUUCUUCGGUUUGAGGACACAAACUGGUAGAUAGCUUGAAAUGAUUCCUAAGUGGUACAUUUGUUGAAUUUGCAGCACUCAUAGAAAACUUAGACUAUAUUUUCUGAACAUAAUUUUUCUGAUUCAAGAAAAGAUGAUUCUUUAAUCUGUCCCUUUCAAUAUUCAUGCCUAAAAUUUCCUUUGCUAGUCCAAGCUCCUUCAUGUCAAAUUCAGCCUUCAAGUCAUACUCAAUGACCUUGAUAUUCUCCAUACUUUGACCAGUCAAUAACAUGUCAUCGACAUAUAAUAGUAAGUAGACUGACUCAUGAUAGUUUUCACCCUUGUAAUAUAGACAACUAUCAUAGCUGACCCUUUUAAAUCCAACUUUUAAAACAUAAGUGUCAAAUCUCCUAUACCACUGCCGAGGUGAUUGCUUCAAACCAUAUAAUGACCUCUUCAGCAAGCAAACCAUCUCCUUACUUGAGUUUGAGACCUCAAAGCCUUCAGGUUGCUUCAUAUAUAUAAUCUCAUCAAGCUCACCAUGUAGAAAAGCUGUUUUCACAUCAAGUUGUUCCAGCUCCCAAAUGAAAUGAGCAACUAAUGAUAAAAUCAUCCUUAUAGUUGUGUACUUCAUCACAAGUGAGAAAAUUUCAGUAUAAUCUAUCCCUUGUACCUGUGUGAAUCCCUUGGCAACUAAUCUUGCCUUAAAUCUGACUGGAUCAGCACUUGAUAUCCCCUCUUUCACUCUAAAAAUCCAUUUGCAGUCAACUACCUUCUGAGUUGCAAGUUUUGGAACUAACACUCAUGUCUUAUUCUUGUGUAAUGACUCCAAUUCUUCUAAUAUAGCCUUAUACCACAAUCUGGAAUGCUUACUCUUCAUAGCUUCAGAAUAGGACUUAGGUUCCUCAUCAACAAGUUCCUAAAAACAUACUAGAGCAAACAUAGUGGAGUUAGAAGAAAUAAAUGUGACAAGAGGUUUUACCACUCUCCUUUGCCUAUCUUUGGCCAGGUGGUAAUGUUGGAGAGGAUUAGUGCCUUCAGCAAUUGAUUCUUCUUCAGUUUCUUUAUUUGGUUGCUCAUCUGCCAAUUCUAGAAGUUGUAUUUCAGCUUCAAUUUCCAUUUGGAUUAUUUGGUCCUCCUUUGCCUUCAUAUAUGGCUCCACCUCAAACUAAACUGACUUAUCCUUGGUAGAAAAUACUGUCCCUGCAUCUUUGUCACUCAAGCAGGGCAUAAUAUUCAUUAAAAAUAACAUCCCUACUUAUGAUGGUUUUAAAGCCUUUCAAGUCUCUCGCCCACGGCCUAUAACCUUUAACUCCCUCGGGAUAACCUAGAAAAACACACUUUAAUGAUCUAGGUUCAAGUUUCCCUUCACUUUGAUGAGCAUAUGCUGCACAUCCAAAGAUUUUUAGCCUAGUAUAGUCUGCUGGUUUGCUUGUCCACAUUUCUUCAGGAGUUUUAAAUUUUAUAGCUGUUGAUGGACACCUAUUCACUAAAUAAGUUGCUAUCAUGAUAGCUUCACCCCAAAAUGGUUUUGGUAGGCCAUAACUUAGCUACAUACAUCUAACUUUGUCUAGUAAGGUCUUGUUCAUCCUCUCAGCAACUCCAUUUUGCUGAGGGAUAUAACUAACUGUCCUAUGCCUAAGAAUUCCAACAUUUUUACGGAAAUUGUCAAAUUCAAGGUUACAAAAUUCCAGCCCAUUAUUAGUUCUUAACACUUUUAAAUUUUUUCCCUGUUUGGUUUUGAGCUGAAAAAUGCCAAUGUUUAAAUUUAACAAAAGCCUCACUUUUAUGUUUUAACAGAAAAACCCAAACUUUUGUGGAAAAAUCAUCCACAAGUGAAAGAAAAUACUUGUUACCUCCAUG